GUCGCAGUGUGGACAGUGUGUUGUUGCGUCAGGUUUAAAUUUAGGAAGUGGGUGUAACUUUGCUCACCGUAUGAAUCCAAGAGAAUAACGCCCUAAGCUUAAUCAUGUCACAGAAUACGUCUAGUGCUGAACUCAUUACAUCUCCCUUGGAUAAUGUCUUUAGUUUUUUAGGUGGAUUACCCCAGGGCCACGAGAAAGCUCUAAAGCAAGCUCUGUACAAUGCCCUUGCCCUAUUUUUUCUGUUUGUUUGUUGCAUUGCGGGAGUGGCAUUGUUUUACGUGUUGGAACCUUUUAUCAAACCUUUAAUAUGGGCUCUUUUAUGUGGUUCCGUGCUGCAUCCUUUCAAGUAUUCCUUGUCUACCGCAAUGCAGGGAUGGAUUGAUUCAUUAUCAGCUUCGUCAACGCCGUUGAUAAUUGGCAUUGUUUUAGCACCUAUCAAGAUAGUUGAUAACUUAUCUGAAAUAAUUGGCGAUAUUACUGUUAAAUACAUAAAUUACAUUGUAGGUUUUUUUGCUAGCGUUUCAAUUUUGCUUUUUGUGUACUACUACACUCCAAGUUUUAUUGUAUGUCUGAUUCUUCGUCUUGGAUUCUUUGCUAGUCGAGCAGUUUCUUUUAUUAUAGGAUUAGUUAAUCAGUAUGUGGUUUUUGCAGCCAUUGCGGGAUACAUCGUAAUGGUGAAAAUGUCUUGGAAACGGGAGAUAGCACGACAGUUCUGUAUGAUGUCUUAUGGUGUUUGGCUUCUGGUUACGUGCUAUGUCUCGGGAUUUGCUGGUCCAUACAGAGUUGCAGUAUUUUUUACCAUAGUAUUGUUAUUACUUAUGGGUCUGGCUUAUCAAGUAAUAAGUGUGCACAGUGCAGUGAAGUCAAGAGGUCGUGGAGUCUCCGUUGUGGAAGCCAUGAAAUUAGCAUUGGAGAAUGUAACUACAGAAAAGGUACUAGGGAAGGCAGAAAGAGAAGAGAGAGAAGAAACUGAUGAACCUCACCUCAAGGCUGUGGAAGAAACUGUGGAAGAACUUGAAGAAAAAACUGAAGACUCAAAGAAGGAAUCAACUGAAGUCAAGGCAGAAGAAAUGGAUAUGUAUUCACCAAACCGGGAGCAAGAACAUGUUCGAUUUUCAAAAGUGUCAGAUGUUAAUAAUAUGCGGAUGUUGCGAUACUUAAGAAGACUACAAUUCAGAGAAAGUCAUCCAUUGCAUAUGCAAGAGCAGAAGAAACCUUUCAUCACAAGUCAGACAUAUCUAUGUUUACUAGCCUGGGCUUGUUCUGCACUUAUUGUAUGGAGAUACAUUUCAUUCUUCUCAAUCAUCAUUCCACCCCUGUUCAUCAUCUACCUAGUUAAACGACUUGGUCACUAUUUUGGAGUGUGGGCUAUACUGAAAGACAAUAUAUACAUCCUAUACAGCUCAGUUGAAAACUGGUGCACCGAGCGGCUAAAUGCUCUGUUUCCUGCUCCUGUGAUUGGCCUAUACAAGAUAUUCCUCAGGUGUAAUGAAAAACUUGUGGAAGCGAUUAAAAACCUAAUCGACACUGCUGCAAGCAUUACUGUAAUCCUGGCAUUAAUCAUAUUUUUGUGCUGUACUUCAGUUUUUCUUGCACUUCAGGUAUAUGCAGAAGGUAUAAAUCUGGUCCAAAUAAUGGGUAGUGCUAUCAAUAAUACAUUAGUGAAGAAUUCGCAAUUGUCAGAACUCCUUCCUAAAGAUUGGGAACAACAGGUUGAUACUCUGGUGGACAAUGCGUAUGUGUAUGGACGUGAAGGCAUAUCAAAGCUGGUCAAAGGCUGGUUGAAGGAUGUGGAGCCCCAGAAAGGAGCCCAAUUGGAAAGCCAGUUUCUUGAACUGUGGGACAGGACAUACCAGGCAUGGAUGAGCUCUGGAACAGAAGCUUCAUUUGUUGGGCCAACUGUGUCAACUGGGGCAAUUACCAUGUCUUGGGAAAGUGUGAUGGACAGUGUUCAUAAGGUUCCAGAACUUUUCAAUCUUAGUGCACUUUUUACAUUUGCAAAAGAAAAUGUAGAAACUUUAAUUACACUUUUGGAAUCUAUAUGGACAAUACUGAAAGGCAACGUAUCACUUGCAUUCGACUCAUUUACUGCAUUGUUUGCAGUACUAUUUGGAGGUGGAACAGCUGUUAUAAACUUCUUUGUUAACUUGAUAGUUUUCUUCACAGCACUGUUCUACCUCCUGAGUUCUAGUGGACAGGAAUACAAACCAGUUGAUCUCAUACGGAGCUUCAGCCCAGAUAGUGGCAGUAGGUUUGCUGUUGCACUUGAAGAUGCUGUCGCAAGUGUGUUCAAGGCAUCAUUCAAAAUGGCACUUUUCCAUGGGUUAUGGACUUGGCUCAUCCAUAAUUUAUUUGAAGUCACAGUUGUGUAUAUACCAACUGUAAUAGCAACAAUAUUAGGAGCUGUGCCUUUUCUGGGAACCUAUUGGGCAUCUAUACCAGCAAUUUUUGAUCUCUGGUUCAAUCAAGGACGCCAAAUCAGUGCAGUACUGAUGUUAGUGUGUGAAAUGUUGGUUACUAGUGUGGUUGAUUCAGCAAUAUAUCAGGAAAUAACGGGGACGGGGCACCCAUAUUUAACAGGUCUCUCAGUGGCAGGUGGAAUUUUUUUGAUGGGAGUGGAGGGUGCUAUUGUGGGACCCAUCCUGUUAUGUGGCGUGUUCCUUGCAAUUAAUAUGUCAAGUACACUAAUGAAUGAAGCGUCAAGUUCUGAUACCCGCAUUUCUGAACAUCUGUGCCACAUUACUGACAUUAGUUCAAUCAGUCAUAUAAGAAGCAAAACUCAGUGAUGCAGUGUACUUGCCACAUGUUGAAGUAGAAUACAACAACCAAGAUGUACGGCCUAGGAGGACCCUCUGCUUCGUAGUGUCAGUGAACUGAUACCGCAUGAUUACAGUAACUGUAAAGACAUUCUGACAAAUUAUUUUUAAUUUGUGCAUAACGCUUUAUACAUCCAAGGAAAUGAAGAAUCGUUUAUGUGUUGUUUGCAGUACAUUUUUUGUGUUUUGAACAUCAUCAGCAAAGUAAUUUCUGCAAACUGUUGGCUGAACAGCUAGAGGUAACUGUUCCAAGUUAUGAAGCAUAAAUUAUUUUUGUAAAUGAUUGGAAUGAUUACUAUAUCAGUAGUACACCUGUAACACUAUAAUAGUACACAAAACUGUAAAUGUAUUCUUCUAUUGACAGGAAGAAUUAUAUUGUUUUUCUGUGCAAUGCAUAGUUUAAGGUAUUUAAUUUGCUACGUAAUUUGGAUUUAUGUCAGUGCUGCAAGACUGUUUAUAAAUUCAGAAGUUUUGGUUUAACUUUAUGUCCAUCCCAAAAAUGGGAUUUUCUUUUCAAUAUGGAAUUAAAUGUGCAUGUAUCAAAAGGAACAACUGGCAGUCAGAGCAAUUCAGAAAAGAAAAUGACCAAAUACUUCAGUGUCACACUGCUUUCCUUCCUCUUCACUGUUAUAAUUUUAAGAAGAGGGAAUUUAUUGCAUGGACAGUAAGAUGUAACAAGGAACUACAUUUGUGUCUACUUCAUGAGUCUUACAAUCAGUUAGCACCUCAAUAUUAAUAAACUUACCUGUUGAAUGUAAAUGCAGCCUCAGUCCUACUGAUCUCUACAGUCAUCUGUCAGAUUUCUCUACUGGAAAUUACUUAUAGUUUUAAAGUCUCUUCAUGGUACACAUCUUACAUACUGUUGUAGUUUCUCAUUUACUGUAAUAACAUAGCUAUAUGUGUUUCAGAAUAUCUUAAGAGAGAGGAGAGAAUUGCAGUCCCAUACCUGUUGAAGCCAUUUCCAUGGUAUGCAAGUAAUGAACAGUAGUCAGCAUGCUUUGUAACUGCUAGUUGUUCCAAAGAUGUCAUCCUUGUAUUAUAUUUUUAUUGGCAAGAAUUUACCGUGCAUUUUAGGAAAUUAUGAAUUUAAUGUUUGUGACAUUGUUGGCGAUAUGCAUAUCAUCUGCUGUUUAAAAAUAUCUAUGAAAACUGCCAGAAGUAUCUGGUAAAAGUUCAUUUAGCAUAUUGAACUUACCGGAGUUCUAAAUAUUUGUGCAGAGCUUAGUAUUCUGCGUCUUUCAGAUU